GCCUAUAUAUCUCCCCGAGCGCCCCCACCCUAUAUAGACUCACAGCAUCUCCACGCGCCGCCCCUGUCGCCCAAAACCCUAGUCCUCGCGCCGCCGCCGCCGCUGCUGCCUGAGCCCUCGCCGCGGCAUAACCAUGAAGUUAAACAUCGCCAACCCCACCACGGGGUGCCAGAAGAAGCUCGAGAUCGACGACGACCAGAAGCUGCGGCACCUGUAUGACAAAAGGAUCUCUCAGGAGGUUCCGGGUGAUCAUCUGGGCGAUGAAUUCAAAGGUUAUGUAUUCAAGAUCAUGGGUGGUUGUGAUAAACAAGGUUUCCCAAUGAAGCAAGGAGUUCUAACUGCUGGGCGUGUUCGCCUUCUGCUGCACAGGGGCACACCUUGCUUCCGUGGGUAUGGCAGGCGUGAUGGUGAGCGCAGGAGAAAGUCAGUCCGUGGUUGCAUUGUCAGCCAAGACCUAUCAGUUAUUAACUUGGUGAUUGUCAAGAAGGGUGAGAAUGAUCUGCCUGGCCUUACUGACACUGAGAAGCCCAGGAUGAGGGGACCCAAGAGAGCUUCCAAGAUCAAGAAGCUCUUCAACCUUGGAAAGGAUGAUGAUGUCCGCAAUUACGUCAACACAUACCGCAGGACAUUCAUUAACAAGAAAGGUAAGAAGACGAGCAAGGCUCCGAAGAUCCAGCGUCUGGUGACUCCCAUGACACUCCAGAGGAAGCGUGCUAGAAUUGCUGACAAGAAAAAGAGGAUCGCCAAGAAGCAGUCUGAGGCUGCAGAGUACCAGAAGCUGCUUGCACAAAGGCUCAAGGAGCAGAGGGACCGACGGAGCGAGAGCAUGGCCAAGCGGAGGUCCAAGCUUUCUGCCGCUGCCAAGGCUCCUGCGGUCUCUGCUUAAGAUGUUCUGAAACUUUCUCAAGUUACAAUAGACGAAGAGUUUCUUGCACUGCGUUGUUAAAAUCAACGCGUGACCUUUCAUGUUUCUUGAUUUAGCCCAGUAAAUUAUGCGAUUUUGCAUAGACAAGGUACUUUAUUGUCAGGAGCAUUUUGUUAGUAUGGAGUUCUUUGUCAUUUUCUGCUCUUGUAGAGGAGUCAGCAACCACAGGUCUUUCAUCAAGCAUGUUAGCUAUAUCCUGCUCUGCAAAGUUGCUAGUUUACUUGAGAUUUUGUUAGGACAUGUUUCUUUGAAGAAAUAUCAUACUCGAGGUUAAGGUGGAAAGGUAACUAUA